AUGGCAAAUCGAAAAUACUUUUUCAGAAGUGGCAGCGUCAGAAAGCACUUGAAGAACCUUCCGGAAACACUGCAGUAUUUCUGUGAAAAGCACAAAAAGUUCUUCAAUUCUACAAUAGAGCAUUCAUGCAAAGCUCUGAAGCGUUGCAUAUCUUGUUUUGAAGAGGUUCCUAGCAAUUCUGCUUCACAUGUUUGCUCUUAUAAACACACCAAAAAAUAUCUCAAGACUUGUGAUUUCUGCGGUGUAGCCUUUGCGAAGCAGCUGUUUGACGAUCACUUGAAGCUGGUGCACAAGCUCGUCGAACGACCCCGAAGAUGCACCAAGUGUAAGAUGAAGUUUCCCAACCUCAAAGAGUACUACCGUCAUAGAUACUCCAAGCACAGGACCAAAAACCGCAACCGGAAGAAGAUCACCGUCUGCUACAUUUGCGGGAAAAAUUAUUCCACGAAUACUUUGACUCAGCACAUAAAAACCAUUCACCAGAAAGCUCGGAGUUUCGGAUGUGAAGCAUGCGGAAAAGCUUUUGCUACCAAAUACAAGCGCGAUCGGCACAUGAUCGUCCACACGAAUGAGUUGAGGUAUCAGUGCCAUGUUUGUAGCAAGAUGUUCAAGAUGCCGUACUCUCUUCAGGUGCAUACGAAGAUGCACUCAAGAAAAGAAGAGUUCGAAUGUAUCGUGUGUGGGAAAACAUUCAGCACGAAGCAGUCCAGGGAUAAUCAUCUCAAGACCCACGGGCCAGGGUAG